CGAAGCCGCCCUUCGGCGCAACCGAACUGUCCGCCAUCGCCACACUGACACGUUGGACGCAACAGAAAAGGGCUGCCUGCCACCAUAGCCCGUGUUAUCUCCAAACGACGCUUAACUCCGGCUGGGGCUGAAACGGGCCAAAGGUCGGGCAAAAGCAAACUAACUUGGCCUCCAACUAUAGAUUGCUGGCUUUCUCCGCUUUGUGCUGCGACUCGUAUGAAAUCCAUCAGAGCGUCAACCUCGAGUGACAGGCGUCCGCUGUCACUCCGUCGACCAUAUUCAACGUGUAUCCGGGACGAGUUUCAGCCAUACCACUGCUGCAGGUCUCUCGAUCCAGGCCGCUUUUCGAUCUCGCUUCCGGCUUCCCUCUAGCUACGCCGCCGUGGUUGAAUGCGAGUUGCAGCCCGCGGUUUCACGUCCACUUUGAAUCCUCCAUUGCGGAGUCCCACCCCUCACCUACGACCACUUCACAGUACCAUCCCGUCAUGGCUUCGGCCACGGCAGAGCAGCCGUCGGGGGACACGCAAACCCGUCAGCCGCAGGCUCCAUUGGCUUCUACGAGGCCAGAGGCACGGCCUCCCGCUCCCCUCUCGCGGCUUUUUCCGCUGGGCUACAAAGACGGGUUUAGUCAAUGGUGGGCGAGUAUUCCCGCCGCCGCUGCGGAACACAAAGUGCUGUCCUUCAUCCCGUACCUUCAGCGAGCGCCGACACAUACGCAGACCGGCACAGAGCCUGCAACGCCCAAUGAACAGACUGACACGUUAACCACUGCGGACCAUACUCGGCCAGGUCAGGUUUCAGAGAACUCGGUGAAUGAUCCCUACGGUCCACGAAGAUGGAGGUCUACUAUGGUGGAGCUCAGCGGCAAGAAUCGCGAGUUGAACGAGUUCUCAGUUGAACGACUUGGGGAGAAAGUAGAAAACAAUCUUGUGGUUCUCCAUGGAUAUGGGGCAGGCUUGGGCUUCUUCUACAAGAAUUUUGAAGCUUUGAGUCGAGCGAAAGGCUGGCAGCUGUAUGCCCUGGAUUUGCUGGGAAUGGGUCGCAGCACCCGUCCACCUUUCAGGAUUGCAGCGAAAGAGCGAGAGAAGGCCAUCACAGAAGCAGAGGACUGGUUCGUGGAUGCACUGGAAGAAUGGCGUGUCAAGCGAAGAAUAGAACGGUUCACACUACUUGGACACAGCUUAGGAGGCUACCUGGCCGUUGCCUAUGCACUCAAAUACCCUGGUCGUCUCAAUAAACUUAUUCUUGCAUCCCCUGUGGGCAUCCCUGAGGACCCAUAUGCCGUAAAUGCAGAUGUGCCGGAGCCGACCUCGUCGACGCUCGCAAACGAAUUUACCCAGGAUCAAGCUGGUGGAGUUCAGGUCAGCGAUAACAACAAUUUCUUGAAUGCCAGAGACAAGAGAGCCGCCGCGAGUGUGGGCAACAACGACAUAUCCAAGCCCCCAGCCAAGACCAUACCAAAAUGGCUCGUGUAUCUCUGGGAUGCCAAUGUCUCCCCAUUCAGUCUGGUCAGAUGGUCUGGUCCGCUUGGUCCUCGUCUUGUUUCCGGCUGGACGUCUCGACGAUUUUCUCACCUACCUCAGGACGAAGCUCGCGCGCUGCACGACUAUGCAUAUUCGCUCUUUAGACUCCGUGGUAGCGGUGAAUAUGCACUGUCGUAUAUCCUGGCCCCAGGUGCAUAUGCCCGCAGCCCAGUAAUUCGACGUAUCCAUGGCGUCGGACGUCAGUUCCUCCCACCCCAAGUUAACCCUCCAUCGCCAAAGCCAGAUUCUGCGAGUGAAUCUACCUCCCUUUCUUGUUCCGAUCUGCCACCACCUUCUUCCGCGCCAUCAGCCCCGUCAGCCUCGGAUUCCUCUGGUUCUUUCUUCUCUGUACAAACUGCGCCACGCCGAGAACCCGGAAUCCCUAUUGUCUUCAUGUACGGUGAACAUGACUGGAUGGAUGCUCAAGGUGGCCAUGCAGCCAAGGAGAAAAUCGACCAAGAAAAGCAACGGAUUUUGAAAGAUGCAUCCGUCGAAGAGCAGAAAGCAGAUAAAGGAUCGGCGAAAGUGGUUGUUAUCAAGAAGGCGGGACAUCAUCUGUACUUGGACGGAUGGGAGGAGUUUAAUGAGGUGAUGUUGGACGAGAUGAAGGACGUGAGUGAGAACCAUUCGGCGUCUCCAUUUGCUUCACAAUGAACGAAUCAGGCCGGAAUGCUCCAUGUAGAUAGAUUUCUGUCAUCAAGUGGCAAGCCCACGUGCGGCUGCGGUAUGUGUUAUAUACCCCGUAAUCUCAGAGAAAGAUCUGGAUUGGCCCCUAGGAGCUAGCUGCGGUAAUGGGGUAACCUUAACCUCGUGCUUCGACGGAC